AUUCAAGAAGACACACCAAAAAUGAGGGGACAGGUUGACAAAAUGAGGAAGAUGUAAAGACCAGGACAAAAUUUUAACAGUAUUUUAUUGUUAUUAACCUCCAUUACUACCCGUGUUUAUGGGUAAACAUUGAACGACUCCGUACCCAGUUCAAAAGGAGGGAAAAAACAGGAAAAAAACGUUUGUAUUACCUCUUCCCGAGUGGAAAUCUUAAUGGAGCAACUUCCAAACAUUGGGGAGGCAUUCUCAUCCCCUUCUCAACUUGAGUUUGUGCAGUCCGUAUCAUAUACUCCGAUUGGCGUGAGUCCGAAUAUGUGUUAGAUCUACAGAACAUAUACCCAAUACAAGUGGAUAUUUGUCUUCAGCCGUUGCCUUUUUUCUUCCAGCUGUUUGUAGACACCUGCCCAACAAUCAAUUUCGGCUUCUAUGAUACUGCUCUGCACUGUAGAGAUCAAUCAUACAUAAGGCAUUAUGGGGAUUUGUAAAUUUCAGCUGUAAAAAAAUCUACAGCGUCAACUUCUUUAUAAAAGAAAGCCCAUCUGGGUCUUCUGGAUCUCAAUGCGAAAAACAUUUUUGAAGCCAAACACCGAUAUUCAUCACAGGAAGGCAGAUAGAAAAAAAUCUCUCACUUUGGUUAUUGCAUGAAAAACACUUGAGGAUCACCAAAUUCGAUUGUGUAUUUUCAGAUCAAUGGGGAACUGUAAUGCCCGUUACGCACGUUCAGAAAGCGCCACCACCCAAGCGGAUGCUGGAAUCCAUGUUAGCCCUCCCAAAGUUACUCCUAAGCCUCGUCCCAAUGUACCAGUGUCAGCUGAGAUAGGAACAGUCCUAGGGCGCCCUAUGGAGGAUGUUAAGUCAAUUUACACUAUUGGUAAGGAAUUAGGCAGAGGGCAAUUUGGGGUCACUUAUCUCUGCACACACAAACAGACCCAUAAAACAUUUGCUUGCAAAUCGAUUGCAACGAGGAAAUUGGUGACCAAGGACGACAUUGAAGAUGUGAGAAGAGAGGUUCAGAUCAUGUAUCAUUUGACUGGGCAGCCUAAUAUAGUGGAACUGCAAGGUGCUUAUGAGGACAAGCAGUCUGUGAACUUGGUCAUGGAGCUCUGUGCUGGUGGGGAACUUUUUGAUAGGAUUAUUGCCAAGGGGCAUUACAGUGAGAGAGCUGCCGCUUCUCUGUGUAGGACUAUGGUCAAGGUGGUGCACACUUGCCAUUCUAUGGGUGUUAUUCACAGAGACCUCAAGCCAGAGAAUUUUCUUUUUUCGAGCAAGGAUGAGAAUUCUCUUUUGAAGGCCACUGAUUUUGGACUUUCAGUUUUCUUCAAGCCUGGUGAUAUAUUCAGAGAUAUUGUGGGCAGUGCAUAUUAUGUGGCUCCUGAAGUCUUGCGGCGUGGCUAUGGACCAGAGAUAGACAUAUGGAGUGCUGGAGUGAUACUGUACAUUCUUCUGGCUGGUGUACCUCCUUUUUGGGCAGAGUCGGAACAAGGCAUUUUUGAUGCUAUAUUGCGUGGUCACGUUGACUAUACAAGUGAUCCAUGGCCAUCUAUAUCUAGUGGUGCAAAAGAUCUUGUCAAAAAUAUGCUGAAACAGGAUUCAAAGGAACGUUUUACAGCUCUUAACGUUUUGAACCAUCCAUGGAUGAGAGAAGAUGGAGAAGCCCCUGACAAACCACUUGACACUGCUGUAUUGGUUAGGAUGAAGCAAUUCAGGGCAAUGAACAAGCUGAAGAAAGUUGCUCUGAAGGUGAUUGCUGAGAAUCUAUCAGAAGAGGAAAUAAUGGGUUUGAAGGAGAUGUUCAAAACCAUGGACACUGAUAACAGUGGUACAAUCACAUAUGAAGAGUUGAAGACUGGUCUUGCAAGAUUAGGGUCUCGAAUCUCUGACCCAGAAGUCAGGCAAUUGAUGGAUGCUGCAGAUGUAGAUGGGAAUGGAACCAUUGAUUACCUCGAGUUUAUCACAGCCACAGUGCACAUGAACAGAAUGGACAAGGAAGAUCAUAUCUAUUCUGCCUUUCAGUAUUUUGAUAAAGAUAACAGCGGGUACAUUACAAAGGAGGAAUUGGAGCAAGCCUUGAAAAACUUUGGAUUGGGUGAUGAAGAAAGCAUUAGGGAUAUAAUUGCCGAGGUAGACACAGACAAUGAUGGACGGAUAAACUAUGAUGAAUUUGCUUGCAUGAUGAGGAGAGGUCAACAUGAUGGCAAUGCAAACAGAAGACAUGAACCAAGGCAUAGAUGACUUCUAAGCACAUUCUGUUAUGUCAUCAGAACUUAUGAUCUUAUUAACUUGUUUUGAUGAAUCACAGUUGUGACCACAUAUAAGUUAUUUACACUCCUCUAUGCUAAUGUAUCUCAAUGAAAAGUUGCGUACAAUUGCUUAAUCACAUGUAUACGGUCAAUUCUAUGAGAAUUUUCUUUCAGAUUGGAGACACUAUUAGGGAAUGAGCUUUGCAUUUUCGUAAUCAAUGCAAUAAUGUUCAACAGCCA